UAAAAAGGAUUUUAAAACUACCAGUUUGUACUCCAAACUACGUACUCAUGCUAGAAACGGAGGUAGAGGAUACACAUAUAUAUACCCUGGGACUGCACUUAAAAUAUAUAGGAAAAACUCUGUUUCAGCAUUCGGGCGCUAGAUUGCCAAACCAGCUAUCCAAUAUUGCAUUACGCAGAAAUGUCUUCUGGGUAAAAGAACUGAAAUCCUUAGCUGCAAGUAUGGAUAUUCAAUGGCCUGAAGCAUUUCCUUCAUCAAGCCUAUGGAUUCACAGAAAAACGGAAAGCCAACAAAGAAUAUAUAAAUACCUGGACCCGAACAAAGCCUAUCUCUAUCUUAAUGAGCGAUACACAUCAGAAAAUAUUACUUGGAUAUUUAAAGCUCGCAGUGGAAUGAUAUCCCUGGGUUACAAUAACUUUGAAGAGAAUGAGUCGGAAAAAAUGUGUAAGCUUUGCAACCUAAGAGAAACAGAAACUUUGGACCAUUUCCUUGGAAUUUGUCCGGUUCUAAGAGAAUUUAGAUUGGCCGCCUUUAGUAAAGCAUCAUUGAGCUUCGUAGAAGUACUCCAUAUACUAGACGGAAUUGAAGUGGGAAAUUGGGAUAAGCUAACAACUUAUUUACGAAUGGCUUAUAAUUAUCGGCAACUUUUAUUAAAUGAAUAUCAUUAAUUAAAAUUUAAAGUUUAUGCGACAGACGUUAUACACAUAGUCGCUAAUAAAUAUUACUUCUUUCUAAGAAUAAAUGUACAUAUUUAGAAAAUUAAUUUUAAGUAACAUAUCUGCUAUGAAUCAAAGAUUUUAUUCGAAUAAAGAAGUCCUA